UUUCGCUUUCGCUCGCUCGCUUUCUGCUUCUAAAGUUCGAAUGCAAUAACUUUGAAAACGUUCGCUUGGCUAAUUUUAUAGUUCUCUCUUUUUCCCUCAUAUUUUAAUUUUAUUCAUAUUGAGCCUGUUCAAAAUUCUCAUAGUUGAUUAUGUUUCGUUUAAGAAACUUUCUGGUUUUAAAAAACUGUAAGUUUUAUUCGACUGAUAAGAAAUUAAUAGAUCUAAAAACUGAUGAAAAAACUAGAAUAAGUACCCUUUCUCUACAGAAAUCUCCUGUAAAUAGUUUAAGUACACCAUUUUUAGCCGAAUUGGGAAAUAUUUUCGAUGAACUAGAAACUAGUAAAUCGACGAAAGGAUUGAUUGUAACUUCCAAUAUCCCUAAUAUUUAUUCCGCUGGACUGGAUUUGAUGGAAUUUUAUCAAACUGAUGAGAAACGAUUGGAAGCAUUUUGGACCACUUUACAAAAUACGUGGCUGAAAAUCUAUACUACAUCUUUUCCUACGGUCGCCGUCAUAAAUGGUCAUGCUGUAGCUGGCGGUUGCUUACUUGCAAUGAGUUGUGAAUACAGAGUAAUGGCAGGUCCCAAUUACACUAUUGGUUUGAAUGAGGCCAAGAUUGGCAUAAAUGCUCCAUUUUGGUUUAUAGACGUUAUGAAGACUUUAAUAGGUGAUAGGAAGACUGAAAGUGCCGUUCUAUCAGGUGAAAUGUUUCCUGCUGAAAAAGCUCUGUCAAUUGGAUUAGUUGAUAAAGUUGUUCAAAAUGUGCCUGAUGCUCUAAAUGAAGCCAAUACCUAUUUGCAAAAUGCUAUAUCUCUUAUUCCUGACAGUCGAGCAAUAAUGAAACGAGAUUGUAGAAGAGAUGUCGUCGAGAAAUUUCUAAAGGGUAGAAAGGAGGAACUGAAAUUCAUUGUAGGAAACGUUUUGCUACCACAGAAUCAAGAAAGGUUCAAAGUUUAUUUUGAGUCCAUGAAGAAGAAAAAAUAAUCAUGAUUGUGAUAUAAUCGAACAUGUUCAUUAAAAAUAUUAUUAGGUUUAGGUAGUAUUAUUUUGUUGAUUUUUAAUACAAUAUACAUUUGUUUUUUAUAUCGGCAAGGGAUGGGAUGUUGGUAAAAACUGAGAAUAUGUAACUUAUUGAUUUUUAAUUUUGUUUUUUUAAAAAAAAACUAAUAAAAGUAUAGUAUACGA